UAGAGUGCGGCGGGUCUGCGCAGAUGGACUGAAAUACGGAAAGCUCCGUGUUUGUUGUGCAACGUGCGCAUAGGCUUGUGUGGAAAGUGGUGAAGAGAGUCAGAGCUCGGCUCGGAUAAAGACGGCAGCAGCAGCAGCAGCAGCUCUUCGGGCAGGUGCUCACAUCAUGUAUGUGGAGUUGGCCGGGGCAGUGGUCUUGGGGGUGGUGAUCGCUGUGGUGCUUCUGAAGAAGAAGCAGGAGUCAUUGAAAACGCAGGAUGGGUGGUGGGGUGUGGGAACGCCAUUAGUAAGUCCUGAAGAUGACAGCAUUCGGCCCUUCAGAGUGGAGACCACUCAAGAACAACUAGAGGACCUGCAUCGCAGAAUUGAUCAGACACGCUCGUUCCCCUCUCUAGAAGACAGCCGGUUUCAUUACGGCUUCAACUCCAGCUACCUGCGGAAGGUAGUUUCAUAUUGGAGGAACGACUUUGACUGGAGGAAACAGGUGGACAAGCUGAACAGAUACCCGCACUUCAAAACCACAAUUGAAGGUAUUGAUGUCCACUACGUCCAUGCAAAGCCCAAGAACCUGCCAGAGGGAGUGCGCAGUGUACCUCUGAUGAUGGUGCAUGGCUGGCCUGGUUCCUUUUAUGAGUUCUACGGCAUUCUGCCCCUCCUCACUGAGCCAGCUAGCCCUGAGGACAUCGCCUUUGAAGUCAUCUGUCCAUCCAUACCUGGCUAUGGCUUCUCAGAGGCACCACAUAAGAAAGGCUUUGACUCUGUAUGUGCGGCACGAGUGUUCCAUAAGCUGAUGAAGCGGCUUGGUUUCAGCCAGUUCUACGUUCAGGGAGGAGACUGGGGCUGGCUUAUCACCACUAACAUGGCUCAGCUGGAGCCCAAAACUGUAAAGGGUCUGCAUGUCAACUUUGCACCUCCUGCCAAACCAAGCCUGACGAUGAUGAUGUCUGUGCUUCUGGGUCGGCACUUCCCCAAACUCUUUGACUUCAGUGAGCACGACAUUAAGCGCACCUUCCCCUGUGUGCAGAAACUAGUGGUGGACGCUGUGAAGGAGACAGGAUACCUGCACAUACAAGCCACCAAACCUGACACCGCAGGACGUGCACUGAAUGACUCCCCUGUUGGUCUGGCUGCCUACAUUCUAGAGAAGUUUUCCACCUGGACUGAUCAUGAAUUCACAAACCUUGAGGAUGGAGGACUUGAAAGAAAGUUCUCACUGGAUGACCUGCUGACAAACGUGAUGAUCUACUGGACCAGCUGUUCCAUCAUUUCGUCCAUGCGUUUCUACAAGGAGAACUUUGGCAAAGGACUUGAUCAGCCACAUUCAAAGAUCCCGGUUAUUGUUCCAACUGGAGUGGCUGUUUUCCCCAAUGAGCUGAUGCACACUCCUAAGCUGUGGGUCAAGCAGAAGUACCACAAGCUUGUGACUUACACCCUCAUGGCCAGAGGUGGCCACUUUGCUGCCAUGGAAGAACCAGAGUUGCUGGCCCAAGAUAUCCAGAUGUUUGUGAAGAUUGUGGAGAAAAGAAUGUGAAGAAGAUGGUGUUUAUCACU